CACAGCGCUCACUCACUCCAAUCCCUCUCAGGCGAGUAGUGCUCUCUCUCCCUCCUACAACCCCAGUCAAAGGAGUUGCUGGACCAGUUUCGGAGACUGUACCGCAGCCGUUACAAGAGAGAGUCAUCAAGAUGACUAGCUACAUUGUAUCCUCCGACUCUCACCGUGUCAGCCCAUCGGUCCACGGGAACAAAUUCGACACUGCCUACCGCAAGAAGGCCGUGCCCAACAUAUUCGAGAACGUCAACCAGGACGCGGUGAUGAGGCUGUUCGAGAAAACGGGGGACAAGAAAGCGGAGGAGAGGGUGAGGAGCAUCUUCUCCUUCACGCAGGACCCAGCGGAGACGGCCAAAGCUCUGAUGGCGCUCAAGCAGCGAAAGAAGGACAAGUUCUUCCAGAUCGUGGGCAUGGUUCGCCACAUGCUGAAACUGCGUUGAACAUUCUCUCUCGACUCUGCAGAACGAGUUGAAUUGAAAAGGACAACAAUAUCGCUGUGGCGGUUGGUCAUGUAAUGCCGACCUGUCACCGAGAAAGAGCCUCCUCGAAUGGACUUAGCCUAAAUUCAAGCCACAUGCUUCGAAAGCAACCAAGUGUGACUAUUCCAUUAAGAUGCACUCCAUGCGUAAUGGUAGCAUGCACGGGUUAGUUUGGAUACGACGUGCUGGAUGGAGAAAGAAGGAGGUGAAUGGAAUACAGAGGGCUGUUGUCCAGAACAAAGAAACAGGGAGACACGAUGCUCUCCCUGACUGACUAUGCAUUCUGUCGAAUGCUUCACUCUCAAUGUGUACCUUAUAGGUGCCUAUUUGUUGGUACAUAGUAAUAAUAAGAAGAGACUGUGCCGAAGAAACUGCCUGAAAAUGCCUGUUCCGGUGCAAAAAUAUGCCUUGUCUCUUUAUCUUUUAACUUUGUGAUACCUGCUAUAAACACUGUUUAUUAGUGGCCACUAAUUUAUUUGUAACAAAAAUGUUACAGCACCAUGAUGACAUGCAUUUAUGAAAUGUCCUUUUGCAAUUUCUUUAAUAAAUUAUUAUUGAAAUAUAA